GAACCGCCCCGUCUGCUAAAAGAUUUCAGCCGAGAGCAGUGUUCCUGGCCGGGAGAAGAGACACUGCCUGGAGACGAGGGGGCGUGGUGUGAAUGUGUAAGUGUUUCGAGUCUUGGCUCGUGCUAGUGCUUUGGUUUUUUUCACGGCGCCUGUAUAUACAAACGCAGCUAUACCGCAGCUAUAAAUUAUUAUGGCCACUCAUCAUCCUCACUGGCAAAAACAUCUAUCAUUAUCCAGUACGGGUUUUGGUGAAGACGAGUUAGGGGCCUUGUAUGAAGCCUUAUAUCCCGUUAGAAAUAGUUACAAAUCGUUUGGUUUACAAAUUGGAGUGAAGAAAAGUGAAAUAGAAAGCAUUGAGGUAAAACAAACAGAUCCUGGUGGGAGAUUGCUGGAGGUACUAUCUGCCCGUGUCAAGAAAACAGAAACACUAACAUGGAGAGAUGUAGAUAGAGCACUCAGGUCAGACUCUGUAGGUGAGGGUAAACUAGCAGACAGAGUGUAUGGCCUCCUAAGUAGCAGAAAAUACAGUGUGGUACACGAGGAUGAAUGUAAGCGACAGGCAGGUGCCUCAGAAAUCGGGAAGACAAAAAUAUGCAAGAAGGUAAUGCCUGAGAGGUCUACUAUCCCAGGAAGAGAAAUUUUAAAAGUGGCAGAAUCAGAAUAUUCUAGCACAAUUGGCGAACAAGAAGUAUCAUUUGACAGUGUCUACAGAAGAGAAACAGGCCACUUAAAAGCAGUUGCUCCUUAUAAAAUUAGAACGGGAUACAAGGAAGUCAAGUUACAUGAGAGAAUAGAAAGGGAGGAACACACUUGGACAGAUCAAUAUCAUAGUACAAAGGCUCUUAUUCCAGUGAAAGAGCGAAGUAAGAGUAUGCGAGUAGCAACUCGCUCAAGUAAUGGUAAUACUAAAAAAGAGCGUAAUAGGGAAUUGUCCUUACGAAGGAUAGCUACACCUUCGGAGUAUGGUACUCAUGAAGAUAAAGUGUCAAGUGAUAGCACUGAGUGUGACUACCACCAAGAUUUGCAGGAGAAUUCAUCAUCAACCGAAGGAGAAGGACAGACAGAACCUACUGAUGAUGCAUUUUUAGAAAAGAAUACCCGUGACGAAGGGGAGUAUUGCUGCUCCACCAAGAAACAAAGGCACAGUGUGAAGUACAUAACAGGAAGUAGCUCCGGCCCCUUAUUUUUGCAAGGAGGAAAAACACAUUACAAGAAAAAGGAAGGAGGGGAAAACGAUUCAUUUGAGGAUUCUUCACCAGAAGGUGAUGCUCAUAAGACACUAUCCGACGCAGAGCAUAAAAGCCUCAUUAAAAUUUUCAAAAGAUGUUUUGGCAAACUCUGCUGUGCCAUUACAAAUCCAGUAGAGACUGCUGCUCAAUUGCAGGAGAAAGGGCUAAUAUCUCAAUCUGUAAUGAAGGAUAUGAUCACGUCGCAAGAAUCUCCACAGGUUAAGACAGUUACAUUGAUAGGAACAAUUGAGAGGAAAAUAUGUCUCCAGCCUGCUCGUUUGUUCGUUUUGAUUGAAGUGUUGCGGAAGAGUGAUGUUCUACAGAUACAGAGAACAGGAGACGAAAUGUUGAGAAAAACAGGUAAACCGUGUCUUGAUAGAACAACUGCAGUCCCUCACCGUCAUCUCAGCGAAUCUCAGUCUGGUGUUCCAGGUAACAAAGAUGAAGUUUUACCCUAUAGUGGGAAACUUGGUGCAGAAAUUUGUAUGCAAUCCUCUCUGAAAGUAAGUCGCUCUAUACCACGCUCCUGUUCAAAUCCGGUAUUUGCAGCUUAUAAGAAAUACUUGCAGUGUUACUACAGUGCUAGAACCCUAGCUCCAGCAGACAAGUACCUUCCGAUUAUGGAGGCACCCUACAUUAACCUUGCAAUAAUUGGAAAGGGACACUAUGAUCCUAGCCAAAGAGAUGAGUUUACCAAAAGUACACUCCAUGGUGGAGUAGACCAGAUUCUUCAGAAUAAGAAACCUAUUAACUUUGAAGACCUUCUCACUUACUAUGAGGGUAGAAAACCAGUCAGGUUCGUUCUCGUAGAUGGUCCUCCAGGAAUAGGUAAGAGUACAUUUGCCUGGGAAGUAUGCAGGAGAUGGGAUGAAAAUUUUCGGGAAUACAAUAUUGUGGUGCUGCUUAAGCUGAGGGAAAAAUGGGUACUUAAUGCUACAUGACUUUCUGACUUGUUCCGAUAUCCACCUGAUCCUGAUUAUAGCAAAUGUAUUGCUAAGGAACUAAAUGAUUCGCAUGGAAGAGAUGUAUUACUGGUCUUAGAUGGGUUUGACGAAGUAUCUCACAGCUUCCCAGAGAAUUCUGUUAUGAAAUACAUAUUAUGUAGGCAACUAUUGCCCAACUGUACCAUCAUAUUAACUACCAGACCAUCAGCAAAACACACACUAAGACUUAACUUCCAGCCACAAGUCGAUAAACAUGUAGAAAUUAUUGGGUUUACAGAGGAAGAGAGAGUGAAGUAUAUUACGGAGGUGUUUAACAAUGAACCAGAGCUUCAGGGAAAUUUCCUGACAUAUAUGUUCCUUGUUCCUCAUAUAAAGUCAAUGAUGUAUAUUCCUCUAAACUGUGCCAUUAUUGCACAAGUAUAUUAUGAGUCACAGAGUAGUCAAGGCCUUGCUAUACCUAAAACAAGAACACAGCUUUACAAGGCACUCACACAUUCUCUUCUUGUUCGAUACAUGAAAGAAAGCAAUCAUGACUAUUCUUCGGUGCUUCCUGAAAAUUUAAACAAAAAAGACCUGGGCAUGUUUAAAACCUUAGCCAAGUUUGCCUUUGAUAGCUAUCACAAAGGAAAAUCAAGGAAAGUUACCUUUUUCAAAGAAGAUAUCCCUUUGGAUUUUGCACAUUUUGGGCUUAUGAAUGAAUCCACUGAAAUGUAUGCCAGCAAAGGAGUGGAAAAAACCUUUUCAUUUCUGCAUCUAAGCCUACAAGAAUACCUUGCAGCCUGGCACCUAGCCAACAGUUACGGUAUUGAUUUUCAGAUUGCAUAUUAUGGGCUUGCUCUUAGUACUUAUACCUCACUUCAGCAUCAAUAUCGCAACUACAGUAGUUGUAACAAAGAAGAAAGCGCUCUUUUAUCAUCAAUAGAAAAUGAUAGGUCAUCAUUAGUGGAACCGGCCAUAUUUCUGGCUGGUAUCACUGGCUGCAGAUGCCAACCAGAGGGCUGUAAAAACAAAUGGGAAAUUUAUUUGGGACAAGAAGGUCUGGAGCCCACCAGAAUGCUGGUACAUUCCCUUUAUGAGACUCAAAACCCAAACAUUAUAUCAUGCUACUUUGCUGGUGAAGAUUGUAGGAGGGAUGUUGUUAUAGGCCUUGGCUUACAUACAGCUCAUACACCAUAUGAUUGCUAUGCUCUUACAUACUGUCUUCAACAUUCUUUGGGUCAGGUCAAUUUAGAUUUCUACAUUAAUGACGAUGAUGUUUUACUUGUAAAAAUAUUUGUUAAAGGUCUAAUAGACCACUGCAGUACUACACCAAGUCUAGCUCUAGAGCAUCUAAGGCUAUGGUUAUUGGCUGAUUCAGUUGAGGAUGUUAAAACUUGUCUGUAUCAUAUGACAAAAGCCAAAUUUUUGCGAGAAACCAAGAAAAUUGUUAUAUAUUCAAAAUCCAGGAGUUUGAAUAUUGCUCAAACAUUUCUACAAUCACUUAUUAAACUUCAACACCUUGAGGUUCAUAUUGAUUCUCCUACGUCUUGGGAGUGGCUUACUGCAAUUAAGUCCCUCAGUGACCUGCGUAUUUUGCACAUAUCUAGUGAUGAAGGGUGUUGUCUUCCCCAAACUGAUCUUAGUUGGCCAAUCAAACAUAAACUGACAGAAGUUGUACUUGACAUCAAAUAUUCAUCGCAUGAUCUUUGUAGUUCAACUGAUAUGCUUGUUUACUCUUUGUUGAAAUCGGUUGUAUUAUCCAAAUCAAGUCUCAUUAAAAAAAUGGUGUUACCAAACAUAACUCGUGAUAUGAUGGCUAGUGUUCAUAACAUUAUACAGCACUGUCCUAAUCUUGAAAUGUUAGACCUAAAGAGAUCCAGACUUGGCUAUGAUGGAAUUAUCUAUAUUUGUAGCGCACUGAGAUAUAAUACCUCACUUAAAUAUCUUGUGAUUGAUGAAGAUCUUCAGUUACCACCCUCAAGGAUCACCAAACAGUCUCUCGUUCAGUUUAUCACUUUUGCAUCCAUGGAAAGACUUAGUCUGCCAUGUAAGACUACCUGUACUGACUUCCUUCUUGAAUUAAACCGCAUUCUCAAAGACAAUAGGACUUUAGAAGGAAUGAAGAUCCAGUGUGGAUUAUUCCUCCCUCUCUCUGCUGGUGAA